UUGGAAUAUCGCAAUUGUUAUGUGAAAAAUGCAGCAGAUUUGUUACAUUCGGUGCCAGAUGCAGCGAACACAAAAGUUUCGGGUCUGCUGAUCGGUUGUAUCAUCGACACAUCCAUUGGAGAGCUGUCAUUUUUGGCCGCUGGUCAAGAUACCGGUGUUCGAUACAAGUUCACUUUUCCACUCUCUUCGGCGAUGUUCAAGUCAUCACGGAAAAGCCUGCAGCCGUUCUGUCCACCACGGCUUACGGUCGAGAAGCUGCGACGCGUUCACUGGGCUCGAGUGCCAAACGAAUGCCUUCGUACAACGGCACUCAAAUUGUCGGACGUUCGAGGUUGGUCAGUGUUAUGCGAUGACCCGGUACGUAUAAUGUCCAUUUAUGUACCGGAAAAGGACAUGAGUUACGAUGUGCUGGAAAUGAUCGAACACGACGAUUUGUUGGCUUUUCAUCGUCAGACGCUCAAUUUGUACUGUAAAUUAGCAGCUCAUGGAAAUCAAAAAGUAGCGCAUAUAUUGUGCUCGCAUGUUGAUGAGGAUCAAAUUAUGUACGCCAUCAAAAGUCAUUGUAAGCGUGCAUUUAUAAAA